UGACUGAACGGUAGUGCAUCAUGUCACCUGGGGCACAAAGACUCUGCAGCGCCUUUUCUUGGUAGAUGACAUGGUGGAGUCCCUCAAGUUUGCUUUUUUGUUCUACGUCCUCACCUACGUGGGAGCUGUUUUCAAUGGUCUGACGUUGCUUAUACUCGGUGUGAUAAGUGCAUUUACCUUCCCUCUGCUCUACAGGCAGCAUCAAGCACAGAUCGACCAGUAUGUAGGGCUGGUGAGGAACCAGUUAAGUAACCUCAGAGCAAAGAUGCUGGCCAAAUUGCCAACAGCAAAAGCGAAGGCAGAAUGAAGGGUCUUGGUGGUGGUUCUCUUCCCUGUGCACAUAGAUGCAAACAACAAUGCACACCCUGCUUCUUCUUCUUCUUCCUCCUCCUCCUCGCUUCCCCUCCCCAGACAUUGCGUAGUGACCCUUCCUCUCCCACUCUCCUUGGCCUGGAGGGGCUGGGCAGUUGCUGGUUUUCCUUCAGCUCCCCCCCCCCCCGAGAAAUUGGGGAACCCUUGCAAGGGAGGUGGGGGGAGGACCAUCAUCCCUUUGCAUCUCAACCCUGCAGUUGCAGAGGCUCAGGGAAGCUGCUCUUUCUUUCCCUCCUGGGGGAGAGGGGGGCUGAGAGAAGCCCCCCCCAGACCCACAGCCAAGGAUUUGUCUACCAAGAGCUGAGGGGCUAGUAUCCCACGCUCCUUUCUCCCUCCAUGUCCUAGCGACUUCCUCCUCCUCCUCUUCCUCCUGCCUGCAGUAUUUGUCCUGGGUCCUGAGUUGAGGCCGGCCAACCCGGAGCAUCCUUCCCUCUUGAGGAAGGGGAGCCGCUCAAGGUUGGGCAAGACCACCUCUGCCUCCUUUCUGUGGGAUGUCGUAGCUGUUCCCCCCCUGCCUCUCGUCACCGGCCGGGCUGCGGCUUGGCUGAUCGGCUGGAGGGUUGGGUGCAGCCAGUUCUUUUUGCCUGGAUAUUUACACUUUAAUAAAAACAGUUGUGAGAAAAAAAUGGGUACGCAUGA